CUCAGUCAAGGCGUGGACCGGGCGCGAGCUCGGAGUGGCUGAGAGAAACGCAGAGGCUCCGUGUGAGAACCAGCGAAGCCACAGCGCUAAGAGUUUUUGAGGGGCUUUUGGCGACUUUUACUCCAUAAAAGGACUUCUGUCUCCCUUUUUAGGGGGGGUGAAUGUGGAAUUUGGCUCUGGAAAGUCAACGUAACUGAACCAGAGUCUGUCUGUCUGUCUGUCUGUGCAGUGCUGCUGACGGAGGUGUUCCUCAGAUCCUGGUGAUGAUCAGCAUGCUUUGAGGAACUGUCACUCUUGUUUUCCUCGGGCUGCACACAGGACUGCAGGCACGGAGAUGCUAUUCGGGGCACAGGCAUUGUUAGCAUGCAUCUGGAUCCAGAUACAUGUGACCUCGAGCUUGGAAACCUGUCCUGUAAUUUCACGGAAGGCUGUGGAUUUUACUGUUACCUAUUCUUCCCCCUAUUUCCAGACGUUGAAACCCAUACAGAAUAUAGAAGUCAACACAGACCGGUCUGAGAUAUAUGUAGCGUCUCAGAAUGUGAUUGAAACACUGAACAGCGGUCUUGAGAAGAUAUGGGAGUUGCGAACUGGUCCUGUUGGCAGCUCGGAGUGUCAGACGUGCCACUGUGGUAUCGAGGCUGAUCCGAAUGCGCCAGUGGACACGGAAAACCAAGUUCUUCUUUUGGAUCCCUCACCUUUUCUUCAGUUCUUGUACAUUUGUGGGAGCAAUCAGUACGGGAUCUGUACCUUUCUCGAUCUUGAGAAAGAACCACCUUUUGAACCCCAAUGUCUCUUCAGGCAAGCAGAUAAUUCUCCUUCAGAUUGUCCUGACUGCAUCGCUAGUCCUCUAGGUACGAAAGUCAGCAUUGUGGAAGACGGGCAGACGUCUUACUUCUUUGUAGCAGCCACUAUCAACAGCACAAUUGCAGCUAAUUAUGGCCGACGUUCCAUCUCAAUACGACGCAUGCUUGCCACAGAGGAUGGAUUCGACCCCCACAUCAAGGGUCUUACGGUGCUUCCUGAUUUCCAGGAUUCUUUCCCCAUCGAGUACAUCUACACCUUCUCCACACUAGGCUUCACUUACUUCCUCUCCGUCCAGAGAGAGAACCCCCUACAAAGAACGUCCAGGCUCCAGACUCAUCUGGGGCGGCUCCCGACUAGAGACAGUGAGGCCUGGAUGUACCGGGAGAUCAUAUUGGAAUGCCAUUUCAGGCCCAAACGAAAGAAGAGAAGCACCGAGAACAUCAUCUACAACGCAGCCCAGGCAGCCCAUUUCAGCAUAGUAGAAGAGGAACUGGCACAUGAGCUAGGCAUGAAUAAUAAGAGUGGAGUUCUGUUCGUGGUGUUUGCUAUUACAGAUGAUGCAGGGAAUCCUACUAGCAAGUCUGCCCUCUGUGCGUUUCCCAUGGAUAACGUGAACUUAUUCAUUAAGCAAGGUGUGGAUGCCUGCUGCUUGCCCAGAUCAGGACGACUCUCCCGAGGAUUGUGUCACUUUCAGCCCUGUGAGAGCUGUCCUCAUGAGGGGGCAGAGAAUAAACGCGUGUGUGAAGCUGUGCCCACCAUGGUGGCAAUGCCCCAUGUCAGAACUGACUUCUUCAGCGGACAAAUGAGAGAGCUACUCACCUCUAUUCUGGUCACCACCAUCGGUGCUGACACUGUGGCCCACAUUGGCACUGAACGAGGGAGACUUCUACAGGUCAUCCUGAGAAGGUCCAGCCCCAUGGUGUUUGCCAACUAUUCUCUCGUGGGAGAGGAGGAGAGGGUUUCCCGCAUUGCUGCUAAUCGAUCAGAGGAGUCUUUACUCUUUGUCGUGGGAAACAAGGUGGUCAGCGUGUCUGCUAGAGGUCCAGGAUGUGCUCAUUUCCUGACUUGUUCAGAGUGUCUGAGGGCUCCAUGGUUUAUGGGCUGUGGUUGGUGCGAGGGGGGCUGUUCUCGACUGGCCGAGUGCCAGGGACAGUGGACGAACCGCACCUGCCCUCCCUCCAUCACCCAGUUUUUCCCAAAGACGGCGCCCCCUGAUGGUGAGACCGAGCUUACGCUGUGUGGCUGGGACCUCCAGUCUCCUACAAAACCUGCCAUCACUCCAGCUACUCACCAAGUUAGAGUCGGAGAGACCAGCUGCUCCAUAAUACCAAAGAAGAGUAACAGUAACCAGCUGGUAUGCAGUAUCCUUCCUCAGGCCUCGGAUUUGGAGCAAAAUGUGGAGAUCGGUGUGGGUGUGGAGGAGGGAGCAGUAGAGCGCAGUUAUUCCAUCUCUGGAAAAGCAAACAUAUCAGGCUUCAGCUUCGUGACUCCAGAAAUCACAGACAUCAGUCCUGACUAUGGGCCCAAGAUUGGAGGUAGUAGGAUCACACUAUCAGGAAAACAUCUGGACGCUGGGCUAACUAGGGAAGUCCGUCUGGGGGACAAGAUUUGCACAGUUGAAAGUGUGUCAUCCAACGGGACCUGGUCCUCUCUAGUCUUCGUGUCUGAGGGGGUGGAUGACGUAGCAGAAGUGAACUUGACACUUUUGAUUGACAAAUCAACUGUGUUUGCAGCCCAACAGUUCAGCUACAGGGAAAACCCUGUAGUGACGGAGGUGAAGCCCACCUGCAGCUUUAACAAGGGAUCCAAAAUCAUCAUCAUGGGGCAGAAUCUGGACACACCCUCCCAGACAACAAUCUACUAUACACCCAAGAACUCAAAUGCUGUCCAAAGUGUGUGUGUGGGUACUGUUACCCCCACACAGAUGGAGUGUGUGAGUCCAGUGUGUGAGGAUUCUGAAGGUGUCCUCUCAGUGGACAUGGACGGAGCUAAAGAUCUUUAUUCUCAGCCUUUCAGCUGUCACCCCAAUGGCCAACCCAUUCCUUUUGAGCAUGAAGACCGGGUGUUCCCGCUGGAGCCUGGACAAACUAAAGUCUCACUGCAUCACAUUAAACUGAGCCUGGUGAGCCAAUGCAUGGACAUUGUCAUGACAAUAAAUGGAGUGGACUGCAACGCCAAAGUUCUGGACAACGAGAUCGUCUGCAGAAUCCCCAAGAAUGUCACCAUCCCCAGGGAGGGGGCACCUGUCAGGGUUUCUGUCAAUGGGGAAACGUAUGAAAUUGGCCGGGUGGUGUACUUCAGAAACAACUCCACAGUGGGCAUUGUGCUGGGUAUACUGGCAGCACUGGCUGUAGGCGCUGCUUUAGCGUAUGCAGUAAUGAGACAUUUGCGCAAGAGGAAGAAAGCAAUGCAAGCAGAGGCUCGGCUGUCACGGUAUUCCGCUCGGAACGGGAUAGGCGCGGAUGUCUCACCUGUAGGAGACUACAGACGAGAACUGUCCCAUGGUAGCUCGCAUGGCUCCGGCAUGGCGUUCUCUGGGCUGGCGUACGCUGGCCCCCUAGAUCCUUCUGCUGUUCCUCUGGUGUCUCCUCAGAGGUUCUCCAUGUCAUCGCUGCGACCUGAGCUGCUGGAGGAGGUGAAGGACGUGCUAAUCUCUCCUGAGAAGCUCAAAGUCCGGCAGGACCAGAUCAUCGGCAAGGGUCAUUUUGGGACAGUGUAUCAUGGCUACCUUACUGACAGUAACAACCGUGAAAUCCACUGUGCAGUGAAGUCACUGAACAGGAUAACAGAAGUAGAGGAGGUGGAGCUGUUCCUGCGAGAGGGCAUCCUGAUGAAAGCCUUCCACCACCCUCAUGUGCUGUCACUGCUGGGAAUUCUGCUGCCGGCUGACGGGCUCCCCAUGGUAGUCCUGCCAUACAUGAAACACGGAGACCUCCGACACUUCAUCCGCUCUAAAGAAAGGAGCCCCACAGUGAAGGACUUGAUUGGCUUUGGGCUUCAGGUUGCUAAAGGAAUGGAGUAUUUGGCACUGAAGAAGUUUGUGCACAGAGACCUGGCAGCACGAAACUGCAUGCUGGAUGAGACGUUUACAGUGAAGGUGGCUGACUUCGGCAUGGCACGGGACGUCUUCGAUAAAGAGUACUACAGCAUUCAGGACCAUAAAAGAGCCAAACUUCCUAUUAAAUGGAUGGCCAUAGAGAGUUUACAGACCCAGAAAUUUACCACCAAAUCUGACGUGUGGUCAUUUGGUGUCUUAAUGUGGGAGAUGCUGACCAGAGGAGCAAGUCCGUAUCCUGAUGUGGACCCGUAUGACAUGACUCCGUAUCUAUUACAGGGACGGCGGCUGCCACAGCCUCAGUACUGCCUCGACUCCCUGUGGUGUAUCCUGUUGCAAUGCUGGAACCCAGAGCCUGACUUCAGGCCGACUUUCUCCAUGCUGGUGCAGGAUUUGCAGGACAUCCACUCGUCGCUGGAGGGUGAACACUACGUCAACCUACAGGUCACUUAUGUCAAUCUGCAGCAAGCCCGGCCAUACCCAUCCAUCGCCUCCGCCACGCCUGCGCUGAUCGAAGGCAACAGUACUGAAACGCUGGACCGGCUGGACGCCACUGUGGACCUCUAAACUGCAUCCAUUUAGAUAACUGAGACUUACAGCAGGGCACAAAAUGUCGGCCCAGAUGAACAGUUUUAGUCCUGUUUUGGAGGAUACCAAAACAAAAACACGUGGCAGCGCAUGAGUUUACAGUUCAUGUAAACAUGCUCGAGUGUGGCCUUCAAACUUCCUCUGAAGCAGGAAUACGGUACCGCAUUUCCUCUCAGGUUUACUCUAGUCUUUCUGGACUAGACGUUUACUUUUCUAGGAUGAUGCAAUUAUAUUUGCACUGAACUGCAGCUGAAUAUACUUUUUAUUUUGACUUAUUUUGAUCGUUGUAAUGACUCAGUUGAAACAAAUCAUUUUUUAUACUUAUCUUCAUCCCACAUACACAAGGGAAGUUUAUGUUUAUACAGAAAGGCAGAUUUGAUUUGAUAUACAGCUCUUGAAGGUCUCUCAGAAUGUCAUGACUACUGCUCUGUCUUUGUGGAUUCUGUUCCAGUAGCAAAUAUUUUUACACAUUACAAGAUAUAAUAAAUUUAGGGGGCAAUUUAAUUGAUAAUGACAAUAGGAAGUGCCAGUGCUGGGUUGGAAAACCAAGUAACGGCUGUUUCAAUUAUUUAAGAAAGAACAUGAACAUGAGCCAAAUUAAAACAAGUUUGUUACAUAAGUUUAAGAACAGUUAUGCAAGGCUUAUCUUAAAGCUACACUAUGAGCCUGUUUACACCUUGCAUUAACAUGUGUUUAGUGUCUGGAUCGUAUCUGGAUAAACUUUGGCUGGAUUCCGUUUACACCUAAAUGGGAGUGCGUCCCCAGUGUGUCCAGAUUAUAUCUAAUUUUCCCAUGUCAGCGGUCGGCAACAUGUGGCUUUUUUACUGCCCUGUUGCGGCUCCACAGCAGAAUUAGAUUUUUAGGUAAAAAUCAAAUAAUCCUCCUUUACAGUAAAAUAAA